CUUCGUCAUUCAGCAAUUACAUAUGCCAGGGAACUCUAAUACCGACAUUCUUCUCGCCGGCGCCAUCGCAGCAUUCGCAGUCGAUCUACUCGUCUAUCCACUCGACACUCUGAAAACUCGGUUCCAGGCCCCGGAAUAUGCAGGACUGUAUACCAAUGCAAAGACAGGGAAGCCGAAUCCCGUGUUGUUCCGCGGGUUGUAUCAGGGUGUGGGUAGUGUGAUUAUAGCGACUUUACCUUCAUCAGGAGCAUUCUUCACCACAUACGAACGUACAAAAUCCUUCUUAGUCCACCUCAACCCCUCUAUAUCUACCCACCCAAACGGCCUCAUCCCAACUCCAAUUCUCCACGCAGCAGCUUCCUCCAUUGCCGAACUCGUGUCCUGCGCCAUACUCACCCCUGCUGAAGUCAUCAAGCAGAAUGCCCAAAUGGUGUCAGCUAGCUCCACUACAAACGCCACCAUCCAGACACUCUCUAAGUUCAAGUCGAAUCCUUUGGCUCUGUGGAGAGGUUACACAGCACUCGCGGGUAGGAACCUACCAUUCACAGCACUGCAGUUUCCGAUGUUUGAGAGACUGAGGGAGAGGAUUAGAGGGUACAGGGAUAGGCAAGGGGAGUCGACGGGGAGUUUGCUCGAGAGCGGGAUCAUCACAGCGAUUAGUGCGGGGACAGCUGGCGCUGCAGCGGCGGUGAUAACAACACCUGUAGAUGUGGUUAAGACACGGAUUAUGCUCUCAGCGGCUGAGGACGCCGUUAAAGAAGCUUCGUUGGCACAAAAGAACGUGCAGAAGGGUGAAUCAGAGGGGUUAGUCGAUGCGUUUGGGAAAUCGAUGCAGUCUUCGAAAGAUACGGCGAAGAGUGCGGUGAGGUCGUUGAAUCCGUUGCUGAGUCCGGGGGAAAAGGGAAAGCAGAGUGCUUGGAAGAUCGGAAAGGAGAUUGCAAGGGAAAAAGGAGUAAGAGGGUUGUGGAGAGGAGGUGCGUUAAGAAGCUGUUGGACGAUGUUGGGGAGCGGGUUGUACCUGGGGGUGUAUGAGAGUGGGAGGAUUUAUUUGGCGAGGAGAAGGGGAGAGAAUAUUGACGGGGGGGAAUUGUUCUGA